CCCAUUUGUAGCUCUUUCUGGCUCUGCCCCUGACAACGUAAGGCCUAAACUUUGCCCCGCCCGGAACUCGAUAAUUUUUCCUAUCCCCAAGAAAAUCCCCAAAUUGUUGGAAAAUUCUUUUUCCUGUUAAAAAAUUUGAAAAAAAAAAGGAAACCAUUCAGCGGCCUCCGCCUUCAAAAAAUUUCAACUCCGACGACGACCACGGCAGGUCGCACAGGUUUCAAUUCUCUCGUCUUCCCCCCUGAGAAGAACUCGUCGGCACAACAUCCAUAGCCGCCGCGGAAGGGGAGGACCGUCAAAACCCCCUAAUUCGACCUUCUUCCUUUUUGGUCGGAGAAAUGAGCAGUCAGGCCAUCCCUCCGCCUCCUCGGCGGAGCAGCGUGAGCCAUAAACGAGGUCUGUCGGCCUCCUCCAGGAAAUCCUCCGUCGCCGUCUCCGAAAACGGCAGCGCCAAUGGAACCUCCUCCAAGCCUAGCUCUCCUUCGUCUGCUGGCGGGGAGAGGACGGUGAAGAAAUUGAGGCUCUCAAAAGCUCUUACCAUACCUGAAGGCACCACCGUCUCCGAUGCCUGUCGAAGGAUGGCGUCCCGGCGCGUCACCGCCGUUUUGUUAACCGAUGCAAAUGCCUUGCUUUCUGGAAUCGUGACUGACAAGGAUAUCGCUGCUAGAGUAAUAGCCGAGGGAUUGAGACCUGAGCAGACGAUUGUGUCAAAGAUUAUGACGAGGAAUCCGAUUUUCGUUGCAUCCGACGCAUUAGCCAUUGAAGCUCUUCAGAAGAUGAUUCAGGGCAAGUUCAGGCACCUUCCAGUUGUGGAGAAUGGUGAAGUUAUUGCUUUACUAGAUAUUACAAGGUGUCUCUAUGAUGCUAUAUCUAGAUUGGAAAAGGCAGCUGAGCAGGGAACUGCAAUCGCUGCAGCCGUUGAAGAACGACAGUGGGGAAACAAUGCUCCUGCUCCAACAUUCAUAGAAACUCUGAAGGAAAAAUUGUUCAAGCCAUCCUUAUCAACGAUUAUUGGUGACCAGAAGGUUGCAAUAGCGGCACCAUCGGAUCCUGUCUCUGUUGCUGCCAAAAAGAUGAGAGAUUUGAAGGUUAACUCGGCUAUUGUGGCGACUGGGAAUAAAAUUAUUGGGAUACUAACCUCAAAGGAUAUUCUCAUGCGGGUAGUUGCUCAGAAUCUUUCUCCUGAGCUAACUUUGGCUGAAAAGGUGAUGACCCCAAAUCCUGAAUGUGCUACAUUGGAGACUUCAAUCCUUGAUGCAUUGCAUAUCAUGCAUGAUGGAAAAUUCUUACAUCUUCCUGUUGUCGAUAAAGAUGGAGUGGUUGCUGCAUGCUUGGAUGUUCUGCAGAUAACUCAUGCUGCAAUUUCUAUGGUUGAAAGCAGCGCUGGAGCUGUAAACGACAUGGCUAGUUCAAUGAUGCAAAAGUUUUGGGAUUCUGCACUCACUUCGGAUCCACCUGAUGAUUAUGAGACACAUAGUGAAAUGUCUGCUAUGAUGACAUCUGAAGCGACUGAACUUGGGAAGUCCGACCCAACCCUCGGUCUUGGGAGUUCCUUUGCUUUCAAAUUUGUAGACCUUAAAGGUCACGUUCAUCGAGUAAAUUGUAGUAAGUGGCUUUGCUUUUCAUUGACUGAAAGAAUUGAGGAUAUAUUAUAUCUGGCUUCGGAACUUCCCUCAGGUACCGAAAACUUGGCAGAACUUGCCUCUGCUGUCUUGCAAAGAAUUGGUGCAGCCGAAGAACAAGAUCACCCUCAUCUUUUGUAUGAAGAUGAUGAAGGUGAUAAGGUUUUGCUUGCUACAGAUUCAGAUUUAAUAGGUGCUGUUGGUCAUGCUAGAUCUGCAGGUUUAAAGGCCUUGAGACUGCAUCUGGAGUUUGCUGACUCGAGCCAGAAGACUGAACCAGAGUCUGUUACAACGACAGUGGAGACAACAAGUCAAUGGAGAUCUUACCAAUUUGGCCUCUUAGCUGGUGCAGGCGCCUUGGCAGGGAUCGGCGUGGUGGUCUACCUAAAACGAUCUUAGUUGUGAAGAGACCAGUUUCGGAUUACAGAGAAAUGGGAAAUUGUCAGGGAGAGAUUUGGAUUGGGAGAGCCUCAGGACAAAACCUGCCGAGGCUGAGAGGCUCAAUUGUACUCUGUAUUAUUGUAUAGCGCCUAUAGGUUUGACAUUGCAUAUAGAAGACUGAGGGAGGAGAACCUCAGCUGUCCCAGGGAGGUGGAAAUACUGAAGAUUAAGGUUAGGUUAAUGACAGCGUUGUUAUGGCUGCCAUUGUCGUCUCUUUUGGUCCCAGUUUUGCCGUUGUUAUGGCUGCACUUUGUAUACUUUGUAUCUUCUUCCUUCCUCACAUCUUAUCUCAUGAAGUGUAUAUCUCAAGGAUUAUCUAAUGAAACGUUCAUUUUUUAAGCAGUUUGAUUGCCUAAAAAACUGAUGGGCUAUGGCCUAUGGGUCUUCUGUACGCUGAGAAGUGUUACCCAACUGUUGAGCCGUUGGCCGGAUGCUUUUCUUGGAGGCUGACAAACUCGGACUGCUUGGCUAGUAAAAUGUGACGAAGACAAAGAUGAAGAAGGAAUGAGCAAGAAGGAAGAACGUGAAACCAUAUCCGAUUUGUACAACCUCCUCCGCCUCCCUCCGCCUCUUCAGUUGGAUUUGGAUGGAAGAACAAGACAGGUAUUGAAGGAUAUCCUCGACAGUGCUUAUCAUCACAACCUCUCUUGCAGCGAGGUAUCGAACCCUUCACCACGCAACACGCUGCUCUGCAGUCUACACCCUGAUCCCGCCACUACUAAGCAGCAGCAGCAGCAGCAACUGGUUUCAGACAUGUCCAGACUCGCUGUCUCCUCCUCACAUUCGGACUACCCUCCACCCCGGAUUAAACGAUGUCGUCUCUGCUCUAUCCAAGCCAGCAACCCGGUGCCAUCAUCAGCAACAACAGCCAGCCAACCGCGGCUGCAGAAACCUAGCCAGGUUACUCCAUCGUCUCAACCCUGGCUUACCGGUUCGAAUCUGUGUUACUCGACCGAAAGUUAUGUUGAUGGGUUUGGAAGACCAGGACGACAACAACAACAACAACACAAUUGCUGUUGUCAAGAUUGUAGAGUACAAGCAAGUAGUAUUGUUGAACUACGCAGGGCUGCUGACUUGGCCAUGCCAGCGGUGAGCGACACAAGACAGGAAGUUGAGACUAAUGGUCGUCGACAAACAAUUCGGAAACGAAUGUUGGAGGAACCCAAGCCGCCAGCACGAGGAGUUGAAUCUUCUUCACAGGGAUUCCAGGAUGAGAAUGUUGUUCAUCUGAGCGACACCAUGAAUGGGAGAAAUGUCUCAGGAAGGCUACUAGUGAAACAGAAUACAAGAUCUCGACCGUUGGAGGAAUGUCAGUAUGUUGAUGGUUUAACCGCUCCGAGGAUGGAUGGUAUCACCAAAAUUCCAACCAUGAAAGCAGCAAAGGAGACCAACGAGAAGCAGAUGCCCAACCCAAAUGAUCAUAGUCUGGCCAAGGCACAGAGUCGCAAGAAACAUCUCAAGGAUUCGACAGCCAUAAGGCCUGCAAUGAUUGACUAUCAUAUU